CGGGAAAGGCCGGGCCGGGGGCGCCGACACGCUCCGGGGGCCCCGGGCCGCAGCUCCCGGACGGCGGAGCGGGGAGCGCCUCAGGUGGAAGAUGGGAGUGUUCCCCUCAUGUUUUAGGUGAAACCUGCUUGCCAUGAAGUCCCGAGGGAGGUAGAAGGACUGCAGUGGGAAUUCCUUCUCACUCCUCCACAACAAAUCCAACAACUGCCUGAUGGGAUUGCCUCUCUGCCUGGCGUCAUGGGGAGCUGCUGCAGCUGUCUGUGCACAGACAGCAUCCCAGACAACCAUCCCACCAAAUUCAAGGUGACCAACGUGGACGACGAGGGGCACGAGCUGGGCUCGGGGGUGAUGGAGCUGACGCAGAGGGAGCUCAUCCUGCACACGCACAAGCGCGACGCCGUCAGGUGGCCCUACCUGUGCCUGCGCCGCUACGGCUUCGACUCCAACCUCUUCUCCUUCGAGAGCGGCCGCCGCUGCCACACGGGGCAGGGGAUUUUUGCCUUCAAGUGCUCCCGAGCAGAGGAGAUCUUCAACCUGCUGCAGGACCUGAUGCAGUGCAACAGCAUCAACGUGGUGGAGGAGCCCGUGGUGAUCACCAGGAACAGCCACCCCUCGGACCGGGAGCUGGCCCGGAGCCCCCAGGGCCCCACCAGUCUGGGCUACACUGGACUUCCCAAUGGAUUUCACAGCUUCCCAGGAGAAUCCCUGUCCUACUCUGCAGCCCGGCACCCCUCAGUGAGCAGCCUGAGACAUUCCUCUGUGGGGGAAGACUCUACCCACCCCCUCCUGGGGCCUGAGGAGCAGUCCCACACCUACGUCAACACCGGGGAGCCGGAGCCGAGGGGCCGGCACCGUAUGCACUCCUUGCCUGAAGCCCACCCUCCUUUCCCCCCUAGGAACCACAGCUGCUCCCUGGAAGACCGCAACCCCCAGGUCUUCCUGCAGCCGGGGGAGGUGAAAUUCGUGCUGGCUCCCACCUCCGGCUACCGCCGGCUGUGCCGGCACCCCCGGGAAUGCCGGGCGCACCUCUGCCCCCCCAACAACAACAACAACGAGUGUCAGGAGGGGUGUCCGUCCCCUCAGUGCGUCUACGAGAACCUCAACGGCCUGGUGGCCCCCAGCACCUCGUCCCUGUGCCGGCCUGGCCGCUCCAAGGUGUCCCGGGAGGACGGGAGCUGCUCCCAUCGCCGCUCGGCGCUGCUGCACUACGAGAACCUUCCGGCCCUGCCGCCGGUGUGGGAGCUGCAGCCGGCCCGGCACAGGGACGAGGAGGCCGGCACGGCACCCACGCCGUCCCCCAACGGCUUCUCGGAGGCCGGCGAGGAGGAGCCCCUGCAGAAUUCCAUGGGCUCCGAGAGCGCGGCGCCGCAGCCUCGCCGCUCGUUCCUGCCCAGAGCCCGGCGCAGCCGCCUGCCCAACGUCUUCAGCUUCGACUUCCCCCGGCCCUGCCCGGAGCCUCCGCGGCAGCUCAACUACAUCCAGGUGGAGCUGGAGCCUGAGCCCUGCAAGGGACCGCAGGACCCGCGGGUGACGGCCCCCGCCAGCCCCGGUGCCCGCCGCACCGACUCGUACGCCGUCAUCGACCUCAAAAAGACAGCGGCCAUGUCCAGCCUGCAGCGGGCCCUGCCCAGGGACGAUGGCACCUCGAGGAAAACGCGGCACAACAGCACUGACCUGCCCCUCUGAGGGCCACAAGUGCCAGCCCCGUGUCGUGGCUUCGGUCCUGCCCCGGUGUCGCCGAUUCCCUGUUUGCCCGUUCCCCGGGGGCCCGGCGUGGCUCCUGCAGCUGCUGCUGUUGAGGCUCGUCUGUCUGUCCAUCUGUCUGUCUGUCCGUCCUCCCCUCUCUGUGUUGCUCGUUUCUCAAGCCUUGUGGGAUGUUUGGAGACUCGGAGGGUUGGGUUGGAUUCCGGGCGGGAGGUGCCAGCGGUGAGGUGGCACAGCCUGGGGUGGGGCAGGGCAGAGGCAGAGCUGGGCGGUGCCACGGGGGAGUGCUCCCAAAACUGAGCUGCUCUGGGAGCUCCGUGCAAACCGUUCCCCGUGGAUUUCACGUCUCCAGGAGAGCGCUCUGCACUGAGCUGGGAUUUCACAUCUCCAGGAGAGCUCUGCCACUCCAGGGCUGGGAUUUGCCUUGUGGUUCCAGUGGUGCCUGGAGAGGAGGGAGCUCACGCCGUGGCCUUUCCCCCCUCAGCUCACUGUUUGUUCCUGAAGCUUUUUAUCCUUCUGUCCCUGUCUCAGAUUCAAUUUCAAUUGGGCAGCUGCAAUUAAAUGAGGAGGACACAGAGCCAUGGGCACACACUGUGAUCACAGAAACCUUGAUUGCCUAAAUCCUUAAAAUUCCCUUCCCUGCUUUAGAAGAGGAGGGAAAGGCCACAACCACGAGGGAGAUUGGAAGCUUGGUCUAGAAAACUUCACUUGUGCCAUACCCCGCUUUGUUUUUUUACGAGGGUUCCUUUUGGCAGCUGCUGAGAAGUGCUGUGGGUUUAUUUAUUUGUUCCCUUAUUUAUUUAUGAACUGCUCCUUUGCAUCCCUGUUCGCCGUCAAACUGGUGCCAGCCUGAAGCGCGCGCUCGCUGGGGCUCGCUCCUGCCUGGGGGACAGGUCCCAAAAGAGCUGGGUGGCUUUGCUGAGCCACCAACUUGGGGGAAAAACACUGUGGAAAAGAGCAGCUGGGAAUGAAGAAUCCAUGAACUCGGGGCUGACUGUCACGGGGUGGGUGGGAAAUGGAAUGGGAGACGUGGGAGUGGGAGCGGAGCCGCGGGGCAGCCGAGCUUGGAGUGGCAUCAAAGUCGUUGCCUACACCCACGAGCCUGGCUGGGGCCGGGAGCAGCCUCUGCUCGGUGUCAGGAGUGAACGUGCAGUUUGUUCCCUUAACUGCGGACCUGGAAGGGCUAAAAUUCCGGGUGCAUUAGUGGCCUUUCGCCGUGGAUUUUUUUGUCUGGACGCCGGGGUCGCGCUGAGCUGCCCGGGGACGUCCCCUCGCCCCUCCCCGCGGGACACGGCCUUUCCCUGGAUUUCCCUGUGCCUGUUCCUGUGGAGAGCACUGCUCUGGGAUGCUCUGGGAUGCUCUGGGAUGCUCUGGAGCCCCACCUCCCUGCUGGCUGUGUCCGUGUUCCUCCUGGGACAGGAGCUGGAUCCAGCGCCCGGCCAAGCCUCGUGUCCCCCUUGUCCUUCGAUGUUUCCCGCUGUUGACGUCCGUGGAAGAGGACAGAGCCCCGUCCCCCAGCUCCAAGGGCCAGGAGCUCGAGUUCCAGGUUUUGGAAAUCCGGCCUUUUUUUUUUUUUUUGGUUUUUGGUGCUGUCAUGUCCUGUUGAGCCGUGACCCUGUUGGGAGCAGGGCCACGUGUCCCAAGUCUGAGUGGUGCCAUGUUUGUGUCGCGGAACGUGGAGUUCUUGGCUUUGCUGUUGCACUAUAAAUUCCAAGUGUGCCACACGCUUCAAUCCACUGGUUUUUUUCUUUUGGUUUUUGGAAGUCCUUGUGCUCGUCUUCCAUUCUUUCGUCCACCCCGUCCCUUGUGUCACCUGUAACUGAAAGGAAACCCAAGUAAUAUAUUUUUAUAUGUAUAACAAAUAACUUUAUUUGAAAGAAAACAAAACAAAACAACCCCCACCCCAAGUAAUGUAUCCCCCUAAAUCCAGCUUUCAUUUAGGGAAGUGAGAGAAGAAAUUGUUUAUAUCUAUCCAUCUAUCUAUCUAUCUAUAUAUAUAAAAGUUAACUGCGAUAAGCUUUAAAUAAAGUAUUUAAAUAAAGAA